CAGUGAAUACAAAAAUUAGAAAAAAAAAACGCCCUUUUCAAAUAAAUGGUUGCCAUUUCGCCGAUUGUUUUCGCCCGCUAAAGUGUCAAAACUGGAAUUUCGCCGUGCAAUUAUUACUGUUUAUUUACAUCGUGUGUUGUUACGCCGUAGCAUCGCGGAGCAAAAUUUCCAUUCAUUUACAAGUUCUAUCGAAUCAAUGUCGCGAUGUCGGAAGGAAUUGUGCCAAUUGAAUUCAUCGAUGGAACCGAGUUUACGCUGAGUGCUUACAACAGCAUUAUCAAAAACCUGCGUCCGAACCCCAGUGCCCAAAAUUCUCCAGAAAGUCAAUCCGUUUCAACAUGUGCAUCCAUGGACACCUCCCGCACGGAUACAGCGCUUGAAAUAUCCAGCCGUUCAUUUGGAGACGCUUCCAGCUCAGAUGUGACAGGCAAGAACCCAGAAUCAGCCAAUCGUUCUUCUUCGAAUCCUGGAGUACGCUUGUAUACACCACCAGAACGAGCUACGAGAUACAAGCUACAUGAAGUUGCAAUGAAACCCCCCGUAUCCAAUAGGAACGCUGGCCGAUUCGAACAUUCGAUUCCCAAGCGAAAACUAUCGUUUGCUUCAUCUGAACUACGCUCCCACAAUGUAACACCAUUGAACUGGUCGCUUAUGAACACAUCGUGCAUAUCGUUUUCCAAGAUCGUUUCGUCGACGCCUCUUUCGCGCUAUGGCGAUCCAAGGAACAUGCAACCGUUGGACUUAUCGGUAUCCUGCUCCGAGGAAUCGCCUCUCGAUUGUUCCUUGCGCAACGAAGAAAUUGAGCCAAUGAAUUUGGUAGUGAAGAUACCACGAGAAACACGACCAUUGCCUUCAACAUACGGUGCAUUAAACUUCGUAUGUCAUAGAUAGACGAACUCCUGAA